UUUAUACAUCGUACUUGUCAUUAAUAUUGUUCCAGAACGUCCAUAGCUAAACAAUGUUCUUCAAGGCCGUAGUAAUCGUCUUAUUCUUACUGGCUCUUGAAAUAAACUCAAAGCCUCCCGAAUUAGAACGUUACAGAGGCAAAGUGGCUAUGGUAACCGGAGCUAGCAUGGGAAUAGGUUUUGCUACGACUAUUGCAUUGCUCCAAGCCGGUAUAGAUGUAGUGGGUGUAGCUAGGCGAGGAGGGUAUGAACAGUCUAUAACAAGGGCGUUACCGAUUGAAAACAGCGACAAUUUUGGUAAAUUUUAUCCAGUACAAUGUGACAUAACGGAUGAAAAAAAGUUAUUGGAGAUAUUCAGAUGGAUAGACGCCAAAUUGGGAGGUGUUAGUAUAAUGAUCAAUAACGCAGGCGUCAUAGAACGGGCUACACUUAUAGGAGGUGAGUCGGCAGCCUGGAGAAAAGUUUGGGAGCUUAAUGUCCUUGCCCUGACAGUGUGCACGAAAGCAGCGAUCUCAUCCAUGAACAGACAUAUGUCUUUGAACGGUCACAUUAUUCACAUGAGCAGUAUCGCCGCAUAUUCAAUGGUAACUGCGAUGGGCCAUAAAAUGUAUAACGCGUCCAAAGUGGCUGUAAGAGUGCUGGCUGAUGGCUUGAGACAUGAAUUACAACUGUACGAUUCUAAAAUCAAAGUUUCGGUAAAAUAA